AUAAAUACAUCUUGACUCAGUCACUGUGACUGACACCCUUGAGACAUGCGGUGGAUACUGUUCUUUGGGGCCCUCACUGGGUCAGGCAUCUGCAGCCGAGAAAAAUUUUUUGGAGACCAAGUUUUUAGGAUUAAUGUCAGAAAUGGAGACGAGGUCAGUAAGCUGACUCAGCUAGUGAAUUCAGACAACUUUAAGCUCAAUGUCUGGAAAUCUCCCUCUGCCUUUGGUAGGCCUGUGGAUGUCCUGGUCCCAUCUGUCAGUUUGCUGCCAGUCAAAUCCUUCCUGAAGUCCCAGGGCUUGGAGUACUCAGUGACAAUCAAAGACCUACAGGCCCUUUUAGAUAAUGAAGACGAAGAAAUGCAACACAAUGAAGGGCAAGAGCGGAGUGGUAAUAACUUCAACUAUGGCGCUUACCAUUCUCUGGAAGCUAUUUACCAUGAGAUGGACAGCAUUGCCACAGAUUUUCCUGAUCUGGCCAGCAGAGUGAAGAUUGGAGAGACAUUUGAAAAGCGGCCGAUGUACGUCCUGAAGUUCAGCACAGGAGGAGGCAAACAGCGGCCUGCCAUUUGGCUGAAUGCAGGCAUCCAUUCCCGGGAGUGGAUCUCGCAGGCCACCGCCAUCUGGACGGCAAGGAAGAUUGUGUCUGAUUACCAGAAGGAUCCAGCUAUCACCUCCAUCUUGGAGAAAGUGGAUAUUUUCCUACUGCCUGUGGCUAAUCCCGAUGGAUAUGUGUAUACGCAAACCCAAAACCGAUUGUGGCGGAAGACAAGGUCACUGAAUCCCGGGAGCCGCUGCGUUGGUACUGAUCCAAACAGAAACUGGAACUCGAGUUUUGCAGGAGAGGGAGCCAGUGAUAACCCUUGCUCUGAAGUAUACCAUGGUCCCCAUGCCAAUUCUGAAGUGGAGGUGAAAUCCGUGGUAGAUUUUAUUCAAAAACAUGGGCAUUUCAAGUGCUUCAUCGACCUGCACAGCUACUCCCAGCUGCUGAUGUACCCCUACGGAUACACGGUCAAGAAGGCCCUAGAUGCUGAGGAGCUGGACGACGUGGCGAGGCAAGCUGCUGAAGCCCUGGCUUCCCUGUCAGGCACCAAGUACCAAGUGGGCCCGACUUGCACCACUGUUUAUCCAGCUAGUGGAAGCAGCAUUGACUGGGCCUAUGACAAUGGCAUCAAGUAUGCUUUCACAUUUGAGUUGAGGGACACUGGGCACUACGGUUUCCUCCUGCCAGCCAGCCAGAUCAUCCCCACUGCUGAAGAGACCUGGCUGGGGCUGAAGACCAUCAUGGAGCAUGUGAGGGACAACCUCUAGUAGAAGGACCCCUAUGUUUUACCCAUAUGCACUAUUAAAGAGCUUACUCCUUCCCGUGUGAGUCAGUCCUCUGGGUUGUAGUAAAUGCAGGCCUGUCCCCCUCCAGCCCCAUUCUGGAGCUCACACAUCUUGGCAUUGUACCCCCAAGAAGUACUUCCACCAAACUGCUUUGUUUGGUUCUGCUGUACUACUGAGCCUUUGAUACACCUCCUUCCACAUAGCUGGUUGAGCAGGCCACACUCAGGGCCAUCCCUUCCUGGUGAUGUGUUUCUACCUCACUUUUGGUCUCUAGUAUCCUC